UUCAUACAGCUGGUGGAGGCAGAUUAGCUAUAAUGAGUGAACGGCGAGAGGAAAGUGAUGAUGUGGAGGGAUUUUAAGGAGGGCAAGAGAAUUGUUUUGUGUUUUUAAAUGGUGGCACACCAAAGACUUUACAAAAGCCAAAAAAUGCUCUGCCACGUUACUCGUCCAGACUCGGUGGUGAUGGAAGUGGAAGUUGACGCGAAAGCGAACGGAGAAGACUGUCUUAAUAAGGUUUGCAGAAAGUUGGGCAUAAUUGAAGUGGACUACUUCGGGCUGCAGUUCACGGGCAGCAAAGGAGAGAACCUGUGGCUGAAUCUGAGGAACCGCAUCUGCCAACAGAUGGACAAUGUGACGCCCUGUCGGCUGAGACUGCGAGUCAAGUUUUUUGUGGAGCCCCAUCUCAUCCUGCAGGAGCAGACAAGAAACCUGUUCUUCAUGCAUGUGAAGGAUGACCUCCACAACGGGCACCUCCGUAUGUGUUCAGAGCAGGCAGAGGAGCUAAGUGCUCUGCUGGCGCAGGCAGAGUUUGGAGACUACAACCAAAACACGGCCCAGUACUCUUAUUCAGAUCUGUGUGGAGAGGAGCCAGACACUGCUACCAUCAACAGCAUCAUCUCCAGACACAAAGCUUUGGAGGGUUUGAGCCAGGCCUCAGUUGAGUAUCAGGCCUUGCAGCUCAUCUCUGCUCUGGAGCAUUAUGGCGUGGAGUGGCACUGGGUCCGUGACGCAAAUGCUCAGAGGCUGGCCAUCGGCGUGGGGCCAGAAGGGAUCACCAUCUGUAAGGAGGAUUUCAGCCUAGUCAACAGAGUAAGCUAUCCUGUCAUCCAGAUUGCCACUCAGUCGGGGAAAAGUGUCUACCUGACUGUAACAAAGGACACAAACGACAGCGUGGUUCUUUUAUUCAAACUAAUCAGUAACCGGGCAGCGAGCGGUCUGUACCGAGCCAUCACAGAGACGCAUGCCUUCUACAGGUGUGAUACAGUUACCAAUGCAGUGAUGAUGCAGUACAGCAGAGACUUUAAGGGUCACUUGGCUUCCCUAUUUCUCAACGAACACAUCAACGUGGGCAAGAAAUACGUCUUCGACAUCAGACGAACCUCCAAGGAAGUGUAUGACCAUGCCCGCCGUGCACUGUAUAACGCUGGCGUUGUGGACUUGGUGUCCCGCACCCAGAGUGGAGAGCGCUCCUCUCCCUCGCACUCCCCGAGUAGGGACAGCCAACAGGACAUGGGGCUGGACUGCAGCAGUUGCCAGCAGAGCAGGGCCCUGCAAGAGCGGCUGCAGAAACUUAAAGAAGCUCUGCUGUGCAUGUUAUGCUGUGAGGAGGAGAUUGAUGCGGCGUUCUGUCCCUGCGGCCACAUGGUGUGCUGCCAGAACUGCGCAAAUCAGCUGCAGCUGUGUCCUGUGUGUCGGUCAGAGGUGGAGCACGUGCAGCACGUCUACCUGCCCACCUGCACCAGCCUCCUCAGCCUGACGCUGAACGACAACCACCAGCACCGCAGCAGCAUCCCCACUCCCAUCCACAGAGACACAGACUGUCCUCAUAGCUGCUCCACCACAGAGUAUGAACACAAGCUCUACCAUGCGUAAAGACUUCAUAAACUCCCGUAAACCCACCAAAACUCCACAAUGAACACUUCAAAACCCCACCAGCUGAGUUUCACAAAGAAGAAACAUUUCUUAUGACUUGAUACUCCACACCCUUGGAUAACUCCCAGCUUUUGUUUUUUACUUUCUUUUUCUUUCCUCAGAAUUGUUUGUUGUGUGUUACUCUGUCAAACACCAUUUCCACACCAUAGCUUGAUUUCUGUUUUUUAGAUUUUUCUCUUAUUGUUGGAUUGAGAUCAGUUGACCUGAUACUGAAUUUAUAAUCCUUGAAUUUGUACUUUUGGUUGCUUUCCUUGCAUUUCUUUGCUUGUGGCUCCAUAAAGCAGCGAUUGUUUAGCAAAGCUAACCAUGAUUGAAUUAAUUUGUAAGUUAUAUUUUUAUGUUUGUCAUUUUAAAAGUCUUGUUUUACUUUGAUUUGAAUAUUAGGUUGUUGGAGAGUAUUUCAGUUUUCUUUUUUUUCCAUGCCAAUGAGAGGAGUAUUUGAAGACUAAGCAGUCCUGUUUCCAAAUAUAGCUCUAGAUACUAAUUGGAUAUAGGAGGCAGUAAGACUACUCGUACUCUUGUCCUUGCUCGCAGACACACUCUAAACCAUUUAACUCCAAAACAGGUCUUAAUCAGAGUAAAACAUUAAAACUGGUUCUUACAGAAUCUAAAGUUGGCGCAAAGCAGGAGCUGCUUCUUCUAAAUGGCCUCUGCUAUAAAUGUCUUCUCUGGGUUUUAGUUUGUUCUCUUGGACAUUUUUAAAGGGUACUAAGAGACAUGUAUGUGCAAUACUUGCUUGCUUUUGCCAAGCAUUUCAUCGUCAGUUUUAUUUAAAUUCAAAGAAUAUUUAAUACAAAAAAGACUUUGCCACUUUACUGAAGUUUUUCAU